AUGUUUGCGAAAAACUUCGUCACAGCGGCCGUGGCCCUUGUCGCAGGCUUGGCCCUGACACACAGCCGCGUCGCCGUUGCCGACUCCGCUUCUGGAAAGGUCGAGGGACCCAUCAUCGGUAUUGACCUGGGUACCACCUACUCCUGUGUCGGUAUCUACAAGAACGGCAGGGUGGAGAUCAUCACCAACGAAAUGGGAAACCGUAUCACCCCCUCGUACGUCUCUUUCGUGGACGACAUGACCAAGGUGGGAGAAGCUGCCAAAAGUGACGCCACCAUCAACUACACCAACACUAUCUUCGACGUCAAGAGGCUCAUUGGACGCAAGUUCAACGACAAGGAGGUGCAGAACGACAUGAAGCUCUUGCCUUACACCAUUGUCAACAAGAGCGGAAGGCCCUACAUCCAGAUCAAGGACAACAACAAGACCAAGGAUUACGCGCCUGAGGAGAUCAGCGCCAUGGUGCUCAAGAAGAUGAAGCAGAUCGCCGAGAACUACCUCGGUAAGGAAGUGCACAAGGCCAUCAUUACUGUGCCUGCGUACUUCAACGAUGCGCAGCGCCAGUCCACUAAGGAUGCCGGUGCCAUCGCUGGCCUCGAGGUGGUGCGCAUCAUCAACGAGCCCACCGCCGCUGCCAUUGCCUACGGUAUCGACCGCGCUACUGUGGAGUCGAACAUCCUUGUGUACGAUCUUGGAGGUGGUACCUUUGAUGUGUCCGUUCUUAUGUUGGACUCCGGUGUCUUCGAGGUCAUCGGUACUGCCGGUGACACCCACUUGGGUGGUGAGGACUUCGACAGGCGUGUGAUGGACCACUUCAUCAAGAUAUUCAAGAAGAAGCACGGUGUCGACAUCAUGCAGGACAAGCAGGCUGUGCAGAAGCUGCGCAAGGAGGUCGAGGCCGCCAAGCGUAACUUGUCGUCCACCACCGAGACCACCAUCGAGAUUGAGAACCUCAUCGACGGAAAGGACUUCAGCGAGACCCUCACCAGGGCCAAGUUCGAAAGCCUCAACGAGGACCUGUUCGUAAAGACCCUCGACACCGUCAAGGAUGUGCUCAAGACCAUCCAGAUGUCCAAGAGCGAGAUCCAGAAGGUCGUGCUCAUCGGAGGUUCCACCCGUAUCCCCAAGAUCAGAAAAAUGAUCGAGGAGUUCUUCGGAAAGGAGCCCGACUACGGAAUCAACCCCGAUGAGGCUGUCGCCUACGGUGCCGCUAUGCAGGGUGGUGUGCUAUCUGGAGAAUCUACGCACGAUGUGCUGUUGCUAGAUGUCUGCCCACUUUCUCUCGGUAUCGAGACUGUGGGUGGUGUUAUGUCUGUGAUUAUCGAAAGGAACUCUCUGCUUCCCGCCCACAAGUCACAGAUCUUCUCCACCUCCUCUGACAACCAGACCACCGUCACCAUCCAGGUGUACCAGGGUCAGCGUACCAUGACCAAGGACAACACCCACUUGGGCAAAUUCGACCUCACCGGAAUCCCGCCGGCACCUAGGGGUGUCCCCCAGAUCGAGGUCACCUUCGACGUUGACACCAACGGUAUCCUCAGCGUGUCAGCCGAGGAGAAGGGAAGUGGCAAGAAGCGCAACAUUGUCAUCACCCCUGACAAGGGCCGUCUCUCACCCGAGGAGAUCGAGCGCAUGAUCAAGGACGCGGAAGCCAACGCCGAGAAGGACAAGGAAAUUUUCGAGAAGGUCCAGAGCAAGCAAGCGCUUGAGGUCUACCUCGACUCAAUGAAAAAGACGGUGCAAGACAAGGACAAGCUCGGACAAAAAAUUGAGGAGGACGACAAGGACAUUAUCCUCAAGGCGAUCGCCGAGGCCGAGACAUGGAUGUUGCAACACCCCGACGCCGACUCGGAGGAGAACACCGACAAGCAGCGCGAGGUCGAGGCCAUCUGCAACCCCAUCAUCAGCAAGCUUUACAGCUCCGGCGAGCAAGCUGACGACAGCGGCUACAGCGACGAGCUCUGA